GAGCCAAUGAGAGCGAGCGGACGCGUUGUGCCCCAGCCGUAGCUUCAGGCGCGGGCUUUGAAGAAAAACUGUCGCGGAGACGUCAUGGUGCCACCGCGGCCGUCGGCAGCCGCCGAAGAGCGGCAGAGAAAGCUCCAGGAGUACCUAGCAGCCAAGGGAAAACUGAAGUGCCAAAAUACCAAGCCUUAUCUAAAAGCCAAGAGUAAUUGUCUGAAUCCUCUACCUUCUAAAUCAAAUAUUAUACCCAAAAAGGAUGUUAUCAAUCGUGUUACUUUGCCUAUCAAAGCUACAAGACCCAUCAGCAUUAAACUCCAACCCAGACCUGCCAAUAUCAUAGAAUCCCAAAAGCCAAAGUUGGAGGCACCAAAACUUCGGGGCAAAAGGCUGACCUCAGGAUGUGUUUCUUCUGGCUCAAACUGUAAACCUUCCAGCAAUAGUCGACAACAGCAUAAAGCUGGAUCAUCCACUAUUGGAGAACUAUCUAGAAAAACUGUGGGGUCAUUUAAUAUAGAGGAAUUGAAAACUGCAAAGCAGCAAGUCGCAGAUCAAAGAAAUACUAAAUGUGCAGACUCUGUGGACAAUAACCAUGUUGAAAAUGAACCCUUGGAUAGCUGUCUAAAAGAGAUGAACAAAGAGAACUUGCCCCAAACCUUACCAGACUCUGAAAGGAAGCCAAAUCCUAAAUUAUGGACAAUAGGUAAGCCAAAGACUAACACUUAUAAUCAAGUCAAGAGCAGUUUCGCUCCUAAACAAGCCUUGGGCAAAAGUUCAGGGAAUAGUGCUGUUCUGAAAGACAGAGUUAAUAAACAAUUUGUUGGAAAAACACAAAUUAGGAUACCACCAAUAAAGUCACAGCAACUCUCUAGAGGAACAAAUCUUGCAAGACCAGGAGAAAAACUCCCAAAGACAGUUCCCUCUCACAAUGUUCAGACCCUUAGUAGGAAUCAGGCAUCAAAGAAACCAGUGGUCAAGGACAUAAAGGAUAUAAUGGUUAAUAGGGAUAAAUAUGAAAGACCAAAUGAAACUAAGUUACAGUCACACACUGUUACUGAACAGAAAGUAAAACAAACCAAACCCUGGACAUGCCCCAGUGUGCUUCCGGGGGGCUUUAAUAACAGACAUCCAAACAUUAAGCAAGAUCAGAAAUCCACUCAACCUUGUGUUAGAACUCGGACAUCAUGUGCAUUGCAAAAAUCAAAAGCCAUAAGCCAAAGGCCUAAUUUGGCAGUUGGCAGUUCUAAUUCAGUCAUUCCAAGCACCCCUAACAUAACAGCAAAUGGAACCAAUGGCAGUAAAUGCAGCAACAGCUAUCAACAAAAAGGACAGACUUUGGACUCCAAGUUGAAAAAGACUCUUCCCCAGAACCAUUUUCUUAAUAAGACAGCUCCCAAAACUCAAGCUGGUAACAAAACCAUAAAUGGAAGAAGAGUCCCAAAUGGGACCCAGACUAAUCCAAAUAUUAAGAAGAUCACAGCAGAGGAUCGAAGGAAACAACUGGAAGAAUGGCAGAAAUCCAAGGGGAAGAUCUAUAAACGGCCUCCCAUGGAACUUAAAACAAAAAGAAAAAUAAUAGAGGAAAUGAAUAUUUCAUUCUGGAAGAGUAUGGAAGAAGAAGAUGAAGAAAAGAAAGCACAACUUGAACUGUCCAAUAAAAUUAACAACACUCUAACACAAUGUCUGCAGCUCAUUGAGGAGGGUGUACCUUCUAAUGCAAUAUUUACCAUAUUGUCCAGUAUUCCUGAGGUCGAAAAAUUUGCUAAAUUCUGGAUCUGUAAAGCAAAGUUGUUGGCAAGUAAAGGCACCUUUGAUGUUAUUGGGCUGUACGAAGAGGCCAUUAGAAACGGGGCAACACCGAUACAAGAGUUACGGGAAGUUGUUCUUAAUAUUUUGCAAGACCCAAAUAGAACGACAGAAGGAGUUACCUCUGACUCUUCAGUUGCUGAGACAAAUAUAACAGCAACAGCAGAACUGGCCAAUAAGACGGAAUCUGAAAAGUCUUGUCUUUCUCUGAAAGAGGGAGACCAGGUUAUAGCAACACCCCAAGUAACCAAGGCAGAACAGGAUAAUCAUCCUGGUAUCAAAUUACAGAUUGCCCCAAUCCCUAGAAUAAGUGGAAUGCCAGAAGUACAAGACAUGAAGCUCAUUACCCCGGUGCGGCGUUCAGCAAGGAUUGAGCGAGCUGGGUCCCGCUACCCGGAAAUGCUGCAGGAACAUGAUUUAGUAGUGGCUUCUCUUAAUGAGCUGUUAGAAGUGGAAGAAACAGAGUGUUUUAUAUUCCGUAAAAAUGAGGCUUUGCCUGUAACAUUAGGGUUUAAAAUCCUCGAGUCAUAA